GAGGAUUCGGCAUCCCGAAUAUUUCCUUGACACAUUGCCGUAUUUAUUUGUUCCAAGUUUAUGAUUCCUCAAAGAUUUCACGAUGUCAAACAUGACUGGUGUAUUCGACUUAGAGCUAACAGAAGACGGCGGACGAACAGAGGAUGUGUCAGAUGAGGAGUAUUUUGAAGCAGAUGAGAGCAGUGGCCGCCAACAGGAGUAUGGUGGUGAUGGCCUGCCAAAUGAAGAGAUCAUGGAGACGAUAGAGCUGUCAGCCCAAACAGUCAAUCCCAGUAAUGUGCGGAAGAUCGGCAGAGAGCGAUUUGAGAUCAUAAGUCUACUUGGAAAAGGUGGCUAUGGAAAGGUGUUAUUGGCGGAGAUGCUGGACGAGUCCAAGAGCAAGUACGACCCUCCCAGGCUGUAUGCCAUGAAAGUCCUCAAGAAGGCCACCAUCGCCAGAAAUCAGAAGGACACCGCCCACACAAGAGCAGAAAGGAAUAUUCUGGAGGCUGUCAAACAUCCUUUUAUCGUGGAUUUGCACUACGCCUUCCAGACGGACGGAAAGCUGUACCUCAUUCUGGAGUACUUACCUGGUGGUGAGCUCUUCACACACCUGGAGAGAGAGGGCAUCUUCAUGGAGGAUAUGGCCAGCUUCUACCUGGGAGAAAUCUUACUUGCCAUUGAACAUCUGCACACGCUGGGUGUCAUUUACAGAGAUCUGAAACCCGAGAACGUACUGUUAGAUUGCAAAGGUCAUAUCAAGCUCACAGAUUUUGGCCUGUGUAAAGAAAGUAUCUCACUGGGUGAAGUCACUCACACAUUCUGUGGAACCAUUGAGUAUAUGAGUACUAUAGACAAGAUUCUCAGAGCGAAACUAAGUCUUCCCCCGUAUUUGACGAAUGAAGCACGGGCGCUUUUGAAGAAGCUGUUGAAGAAGAACCCGUCUGAUCGUCUUGGAAGCGGCCCUGAUGAUGCAGCGCCUAUCAAGAGCCACAUGUUCUUUCGUCACACCAACUGGGACGACUUACUGAACAAGAGAAUAGAACCACCCAUCAAGAUCGGUGUUACCAGUGCCUAUGAUGUAAGCCUGUUUGACACCAAGUUCACCAAGCAGACGCCCUGUGAUUCCCCGGUCGACAUGACGGUCUUCAGUCCCAGCAUCAAUAUCUUUGAUGGUUUCACAUACGUGGCCCCGUCUGUGCUGACGGAGAUGGCCACCCAGCCCUGGAUCUCCGAGCGUGGGCCUCGCUCGCCCCGCAAGAGCUACAAGAAUGAAAGCCUACUGCUCAACAACGGGCUGGAGGGCUUCUACCAGGCCAACGCGGCGGCCGCCCACGCCAUUGCCACCCAGCGAGGCAACCACCCGGGCCACGUGAACCAGGGACCAACCACGGUGGUGGCAUCGUCGCGGGCCGUCAACGGCUACGACACCUCGGCGCAGGAAGACAUGGACACCUCGGGGGGAGCAGCGGCCGCAGCGACCGCCUCAACGUCGGGAGGCGGCAUGACGUCAUCGCAGGGCGGAGCCACGGGCGGCGUGCACCACAGGCCUUAAUCAGAGGAAUGCAGGCAGAGGGAAGUAGACUACACACAGUAACUGGACACAAGAGGGAGGUGCUUCCCCCCCGGCCUUCUAAGAUGUUAUAAAUAUUCAUUAACUUAAUUAAUUAUGUGUCCCUUGUCGACAUGCACUCAUGAUAUAUGUGCAUGCGUCUUUGUGAAUGAUUCUGCCAGUCUCGUAGGAUAUGAACGCAGGGCGGUCCUGAAACGAUAUUAAUUAAGUCACGGCAUAAUUGUGGGUGUGUCGCUGUGCUCUGCUUUAAAUGCGUGGUUGAUUGCUUUGUGCAUUUGCAUGUGUGUAUGUAUGUAUGUAUGUAUGUAUGUAUGUGUGUAUUUGUUUAUGUAUGUAUGUAUGUAUGUAUGUUUGUUUAUGUAAGUAUGUAUGUAUGUAUAUGUAUGAAUGUAUGUGUGCGAUAAUAUUUCAGUUGACUGCACAAGUUAUGAAAUGACGACAUAUUAAUUUGUAAAAAGUUUUUCCCUUGCCUAACCUCAUUUGAAGCAAGCCUGAUGUGUUUGAUGUUUGUGUUCAUGCCUGUGGUGUGCACAUGUGUAUGCGCGCUCAUACGACCUUAUGCAGUUGCGAGCACCGUAAAACUCUUGACUAAACAUAUGUGUGUGGGUAGAUGGAUGGGUAAAUUGAUCUAUGUAGAUAUGUGUCAACACAUACGUGUCCCUGUCGUUAUAUGCAAGAAAAAUUCUGAAAUUUUGCCAACUGGGCCCGAAAAUGUGAAAUUAUUAGAUUCUGUUAACUUUAACAAAGAAUGAUAACGGAAAACAAUCAGAAAUUACGCAAAAAAUGAUCAAAUUUUGCUAAAUUAUGCGGGGUGCAUAAAACCACGGGGACAGGUAUAUGUACACAGUGCAUGUGUGUACAUUGUCAAAGGCAGGGCAGAAGCCGUAUGAUACUAUAAUUGAUAGCUUUUAAGGACAAGCGGGCUAACCCAUAUUUUGGGAGUUUCCAGGAAUCUUGGCCUACUCCUAAAGGAGGAAUUGCCCUACCUAUAGGAGAAGUUUGGGUUCAUUGGUGUGUAUAUUGGUUUGGUUAUAGAGAAAACUCUCCUUGUCUUUUAAAGAAACUGAACAAAGGGCAAAAACCUUACCUUCGGUUCUCUC